UCAGCCUGGCGGACAACAACCACCACUACAGCCGCUCCUCCACACACAGAAACACGGCUGCCGCAUUGGGACAACCCCACAAGCCUGUUUGUUUAAAGCGUCACAGUUUGUCUGUUUUUGGAGGACCUACAGAAGCGGCCUGAACAUGAGCUCCGUGUGCCUGGUUGCUAAGCAGCCUGCCUUGGCCGCAGCUCCGUGGUUGCGGCCGGUCACAAUGAACCGCAGCCCCGGCACGAACAGCAGCCAGACCUCACUGUGGAGACCAUGGUUACCCAGCAGUACCAGGGAGGGGUCAGGACGAUGCUCCCGAAGCAAACUGUCCUGUCCUUAUUCCAGACCCACAGUGCCUGGCUGCUUCUCAUCAGAUGGAAAACCACAGGCCUUUCAGCACCCUGUCAGACUGUUCUGGCCUAAAUCCAAGUCCUUCGACUAUCUGUACAGCGAUGGAGAGGCCCUGCUGAGAAACUUCCCCAUCCAAGCGACCAUCAGCUUCUACGAGGAGUCCGACAGCGAGGACGACGACGACGAGGACUGUGACGAGGGCAGCGAUUCUGAGGAAUGCCUCAAACAGCAGUCUCACUUCACACCCUUCAACUGAACGACGGGGAAAGCCUCUGCGUCUUUGUGAAAAGUCACUUCUCCAGAAAGACUGCAGUCUGCUCCAUCGCCCGCAGUGACUGUUUCACAUUUAUUGGGCUUUUGAAGCACAUUUCAUUCACACUUUAUUGGUGUUAAACUGCAUUUUAAAAGGUGCGUGAGACAUUUUACAGAUAAGGAGUAAAGUCGAGCAGUGUGGUAGGUGGCAGACGGGGUGAACACACAGCAGAAGUCGCAGAUAAAAGCGACUUUAUUUGAGUGUUUUCGCGACGCUCUGCCUUCAAAGCUCUCUGAGGAUUUGAAGAUUUGAGAGCAGAAGAUCAUCGGACGACGCUCUCCAUGUUCAUGUUUCAUGUAGUUCAGCGGUCUCUCAUUCCCUGUUGUAUUUACUGCAUGCAACAGCGGCGUUUAAUGCUCGGUACAACACGACUGUGCGAUGGUAUGCAGUAUCUGCACGUUCUCUUUUAAUGUGCCAGAAGAAAAGUGAAGCCUCUCAUGUCAUGCUCUCCCAUAUUGGGACGCUUAUCAUGUUUACAAUCCAAAUCUCAGGGUGUGAGUCCUUUGCCAGUUGUACAUAGAAUGUAAUCCGCUCCCAUUUUUAACUUAUGAUUGUGUAUACCUUGUACAAAAACAUAUUUAUGUUAUUUUUAUACAUUUAGAGCAUCUGUCUCAUCUUGUCUACACACUGUCCAAACUGAGGUUGUUUUAACAAAUAAAAAUAACCGAUUUUGGGAAUAGA